AUACCAGGGCCAGUGGGUCGGAGGGAUGCGCCAGGGUUAUGGCGUUAGGCAGAGCGUUCCCUACGGCAUGGCUGCAGUUAUCAGGUCACCCCUGAGGACGUCUAUCAACUCCCUGCGCAGUGAACACACUAAUGGCACGACGCUGCACCCUGACUCUUUGCCAGCAGUGGCCGGCACCUCUGCCGUCUCCCGGUGUGGCUUUGUCCUCAUGGCCCAUAGCGAUGCUGAAAUCCUCAAGAGCAAGAAGAAGGGCAUCUUCCGACGGUCGCUGCUGAGUGGGCUCAAGCUCCGUAAGUCUGAGUCCAAGAGAUCCUUGGCCAGUCAACGGAGCAAGCAGAGCUCUUUCCGGAGUGAAGCUGGAAUGAGCACGGUCAGCUCCACCGCCAGUGACAUCAACUCCACCAUUAGCCUGGGUGAGGGCGAAGCUGAGCUCUCUGUCAUCGAAGAUGACAUUGACGCCACCACCACUGAGAUCUAUGUUGGCGAAUGGAAGAACGACAAGCGGUCGGGCUUUGGGGUGAGCCAGCGCUCGGAUGGGAUGAAGUACGAGGGAGAAUGGGCCAACAACAAGCGCCAUGGCUACGGCUGCAUGACGUUCCCUGAUGGCACCAAAGAGGAGGGAAAAUACAAGCAGAACAUCCUGGUCAGCGGCAAGAGGAAGAACCUCAUCCCGCUGCGGGCCAGCAAGAUCCGUGAGAAGGUGGAUCAGGCUGUCGAGGCAGCUGAGAGGGCAGCCACCAUCGCCAAGCAGAAAGCAGAGAUCGCAGCAUCCAGGACCUCUCACUCCAGAGCCAAGGCAGAGGCAGCUGUGACGGCGGCACAGAAAGCUCAGGAGGAAGCACGGAUCGCCAGGAUCACUGCCAAAGAGUUUUCACCUUCCUUCCAGCACAGGGAAAAUGGGCUCGAAUGCCAGAGACCGAAGCACCAGAACUCGAGCGAUGAAAUUGAGGUCCUCUCCACCGGGACACCUCUCCAACAAGAGAGCCCUGAGUUGUACCGCAAAGGGACUACCCCGUCCGACCUGACUCCAGAUGACAGCCCACUGCAGAGCUUCCCUGCCAGUCCCUCCUCCACACCACCCCUGGGUCCUUCCUGCGGGAACAAGAGCUCUCAGUUCUCAAGGCAGAUCUCAAGGGAUGAAGAGAGGGGUGGGGAGAUCCAGAUGUUGCUGGAGGGACGUGGUGGGGAUUACUUACGACCCAACAGCUGGAGCGAAGAGAAGGUCAGUGGGACUCGUGGCAUGAGAAGCGUGACACUGCACAGCGGUCAUCUGGGGUCAGCCUCCAUCCCUGAAGGGUACAGAGGUCGGAGUGGAGGGCACAAGCAUUCGGCCUCCAACCACAAGCAAAGAGAGAGGUGGACAGAUUCCCCAGCCACACUUUCAUGGACUUCCCACCCCAGGUCCCACAACCACAGCUCAGGGAGCUCCAGACUGCUUGAGCUAGACGAGGAGAAGGUGAGCAAUUAUGAGAUGGAGAUGAAGCCCCUCAUGAGGAUGGAUUCUUAUAUGCAAGAAAUUCAUACCCAAAAAAGACACUAUAGCAAAGGGGGACCCUGCAGGAGCAUGGCUGAUGACCACCAUGGGGAAGACCGGGGCUAUGGGGUUCAGAGACUGAGGGCUAAGUCCCAGAACAAAGAGAAUUUCAGGCCAGCUUCCUCUGCCGAGCCCACGGUGCAGAAACUGGAAAACCUGAGAUUCGGGGACAAAGCUGAACCUCGACUAUUAAGGUGGGACUUAACCUUCUCACCUCCACAGAAAUCUUUACCUGUUGCACUAGAAUCUGAAGAAGACAACGGGGAUGCUCUCAAAUCCAGUACAGGCUCAGCUCCCAUCCUGGUAGUCAUGGUGAUCUUACUAAAUAUUGGAGUCGCCAUUUUGUUUAUUAACUUUUUCAUCUAAUUCAAGACUACUUUGUUCGCAAAAAUAAGUUACAUGUAUGAACGGGGGGGAAAAACCCAAACAACAAGAAAAAGGGAAAAAACAUAAGUCGAACUGUUCUACAACAAUUUCCAAGUCUUUUCACAGAAGAACAACAAACGAUCGAGUCUCACUCACAGUUUGCCUUUUUUCCUGGGUAAUGUUUUUUGGAUUUUAGCCAAAAUUCUUUACUUGCAUAACACUAUUCUGCGUGACAUGGCAAAAUGCUAUCAACACUCUGCUCCCGCAGCAUGGGUAAGGAUGAGAAGGAAUCUCAACAAAAUAAAACCGCAUUUCCCUUCCCCUCACCCUGUAAAAAUAUCUUCAGAACAACAGCAAUGAAACCCAAAGUGGAGACUAAAUGAGGGGACCAUGGGGAGAUUUUGUUUGAUGUAUGGGUCCUGGGAUAGUCCAGGCUGAGCUUCCCAGGGAAGUCCACAGCAUCUUUAAUGAUAAAUGGGAGAGAAAAGCAAAAUCAGGCUUUUCUUCCUUCUCCCGUCGCAAAUGGAGAAGCAUUGCUCUAAGGGGGAAAAACACAGGGAAGGCAUGAACCCUGCCUGGAUGGGAAAGAUGAGAGAAGGGCAACAGGCCCUAUUUUAUUACUUGUUUUUUUAUUUUUAAAACAAAGCAGCAAUUGGAGCUUUGUUAACUUUCUUGGGGUGAAAUGGGGGUGUGGGAGUGGGGAAUAGGGAACACAAGGUGUAAGCAGCAGCCCCGCUACCCUCCUGCCUUCGCUCCUCCUCCCCAGGCUGCUCCCCGCCAUGGCAGGGCUGGAAAACCACCCACUGCUACUUUCAAUUCACAGCAAAUUUCUAAUAGAUAAAAAUAUCUACCCGGAUUCCCCCCAAAAAAACGUGGAGGCACCUUCAGCAACACAAAUUGAGUAGCUGCUGCUCAUUGUGCCGUGCUCACCACCGUGUGAGGCGCAGCAUUAACACGAGCAUCCCAUCCCAAACACAUGCGUGAACAGAGAUGCCAGGGAGCAGACUGGUGGGGAGGGACUGGGGAGAGAGGGCUCGAUUCUGAUCCACUUUGGAUAACAAUAAAACACAAUAAAGCAAAAUAAGGUAAAACUGUUCUUCAAAGGUAUCUGGAGAGGAGCACUGGAGCAUGUCCCAAAGACGGCGAGGGUUGUUGGGUUUGUCUCUUACAUCUUGCUGUGGACUGUUUCAGACAUCAUGCUUGGGCUCUGAGCAUGUAGUAUUUUGUACUUUGUAAUGGAGGAUGUAUAUUCCAGCUUCCAAAGUGUCCCUGUAAAAAACAAACAAACAAACAA